AUGGCGGCGGCCACGGGGCGGCAGAGAUCAUCUGCUGUUAAGAUGGUGCUGGCGGCGCUCUUUGUCGCGGUCUGCAUGUUCGUGCUCCAAUCUAGAGAUUCUACUCCCAUGCAGGUGGGGCGCUGUAUGCUCGCGUGUUUCUCAGACUGCGUCGAGCUCAUCUCGGGAUUCGCGUCCGAUCCUGUGCUGAAUCCGCACCGUCUCGUACCCCCUACCACAUCCCUCUCCCCAUCACUCCUCACAUGUUAUGUCCAACUGUGUACCACGCCUCCCUGUAUGCCACCCCCUCUCUCUGCUUGUGCGCUGCUGUGCGGGCGUGUGGCGGUGCGUCAGUUCCGUGUGCGCGAGGCGGGGGUGACGCACGUGCUGGUGACGGGCGGCGCAGGCUUCAUCGGCUCGCACGCGUCGCUGCACCUCCUCACGUCCGGCCACCGCGUCACCAUUGUCGUGAGUGACGUCAACUUUGGCGUGAGUGACGUCACGAUUCUCGUAUGCCGCAUGCACCUCUCCUGCCAUCCGCUCUCUCCUCUCUGCCAUGGGGGGUGCGCCUGCCAUUCUCCUGCGCCUUCUCCCGCCCAUGCGCCCCUCUCCACUCAAGCGCCGCCUCUUCGCCUCCUCACUCUCCCCACUCUCCUCCCAUUUCCCACUGCAUGUGACAACCUAUCGCGGGGCAACUGGGGCGCGGUGCAGGUGUUGCAGCGCAUAGCGCCGGAGGGGCGGCUGCAGUUCAUCAAUGCGGACCUGGGGGACCCCCGCAAGGUGGAGGCGGUGUUUGCGAGUAACGCCAUCGACGUGGUGAUGCACUUCGCUGCCGUUGCUUAUGUGGGCGAAAGCAUGCAGGAGCCGCUGAGGUACUACCACAACGUGACGGCCAACACACUGACGCUGGUGGAGGCCAUGGGGCGGCACGGCGUGACACAGCUGAUCUACAGCAGCACGUGUGCCACGUAUGGCGAGCCCAAGACCAUGCCCAUCACCGAGGAUACUGUGCAGGCGCCCAUAAACCCGUACGGCAAGUCAAAGAAGAUGGCGGAGGACGUCAUCCUCGACUACGCGCGCUCCAACCCAAGGCUCGCCGCCACCAUCCUCAGGUACUUCAACGUGAUAGGGUCGGACCCCAGUGGGCGGCUGGGGGAGGCGCCUCGCCCGGAGCUGAGGCACCACGGGCGCAUCACAGGGGCGUGCUUCGACGCCGCCAUGGGCAAGAUCGACGGACUCAAGGUGAUGGGCACGGACUACCCCACAGCGGACGGCACGUGCAUCCGUGACUACAUCCAUGUCACGGACCUCGUGAAUGCACACGUGGUGGCCAUGCACCACCUCACACCCGGCACCGUUAACAUCUACAACGUCGGCACCGGCAAAGGGUACUCGGUGCGGGAGUUUGUGAACGCGUGUCUGAACGUGACUGGAGCGCCCAUUAAGGUGAUGGAGCAGAAGGCGCGGCGGCCGGGGGACUACGCGGAGGUGUACAGCAACCCGAGCAAGAUCUACCGCGAUCUGGGCUGGAAGGCCAAGUACACCGACCUCAAGGACUCGCUCGCCAUGGCCUGGCGCUGGCGCCGCCUGCACCCCGAUGGCUACUGA